GCGCGCAACGCACAAAUUGCGGCGGUGCGAAAGAGCACACACUACAGCCCUCGUUCUUGGAGCGAGAGAGAGCGAGAGCAUAGGCCGAAAAACACGCGUUGCUGCUGCUGCCACUGCAGAAUUUUCCACUAUUUGUUUAAAUUUUCAAGACGAGGCGAGAAUCAGAAUGUCCAGCUCCGGUAGGAAGCGCAAGCAGCAGCUGAAGCCGCGCCUGGACGAGCACCGGUCGCCGGUGAAGCGGGAUCGCACGGACAUCAAGACGGAGGGCCUGGACCGCUAUCCGGCGCUGGCGGACUACGACCUGAGUACGGCCGACAUCAAGCCAGACCUCACGGAACUGCAACUCCAGCUGGCGGCCGAGCAGCGGGUCGUCAGUAGGGCCCCCAGCCACUCGGAGUUGGAGCAGCAGGAGAGCGAUUCGGACGAGGACGGCUAUUCGGAGACGAACUACCACGCGGCCGAUGUCUUCUGCCAGGACGAACCAGACGACUAUGACCCGGAGUGGAGCAGCCAACAGGCGGGCAGCAGAUUGCUGUUCAAGUUCCACAUGCCAUCGCCUCAGACGGGCCUUAAGAGCGACAAGUGCCCGCUGCACUUCUUCAACCAACUGCUGGGCUACCGCUCAAAGUUCUUCGGCUUGCUGGCAAAGGGUUGCAACCUCAAAGGAGGAUUGCUCUCCACCAAUGCCGAGGAGAUGGAAACCUUUGUCGGCCUCUCGCUCCUCUUGAGCGACGUGAAGCUGGAACACCUGGAAGACUACUGGAGCAGCAACAAGUACUAUGGUUUUGCCGGCUUCGGCAUGAAAAUGAGCUUGGAUCGUUAUCGCCAGUUGUUGCAGUGCCUCAACUUUGAUCCUCUCCAACCCCAAACGGGAAGGUCCAAGGCCAAGGACGAUUUCCCGCUGCUGAACUUCAUCAACGAGCGCAUGGCCGAGCAGCACGUUUGUGGCCAGCAACUGGUGCUCAAUGAUCCCAUUAUUCUCUGGAAGGGCAGAUUUAGCUACCACAAGGAUCUACCCGACAAGUUUCGCUGCAACGCUCUAGUUCUGCACUUGCUGACCGAGCAGAGUGGCCUGGUGGUGAAGCUCCUGCCCGAGAUUGUGCGGCGGGAGGACUCGCCCGCAUGGGUGCGCAACUCCCGGCAGCUGGUGGAGCACAGAAACCGGCUGGGCUUGAAGCUUGUAGAAGAUCACCAAGGCGGGCGCACUGUGUACACCUCAAAGUUCUACGGCAGCUACGGCCUCGCCUAUGAGCUGACCAAGAGAAGCACCUACUGCACUGGCAUACUGGACAGGAACAGGUAUGGGAAUAGCAAGGCUCUGGUGCACCAGCAGUUGGCUCCCAACAGCAUCGCCACCAGCUAUGCCACCAGCCUGAUGAUGGCCAAGUGGCGUCGGCGGGAGAAGACCUUGUACUUCUUUAGCUCCGACUGUCUGGCCAUCUACGCAAAGGAGAUGUCCAUGCAGAAAACCAAUGCCAGACCCAAGCUGAUCCAGGAGUUGGACUGGCAACUACGGCAUAGCAGCGAAAGUCGCCAGCACCUGAUCUACUAUCAACCCGGCUGCCAGGACCUUUCCACAGACAAGAAACUGGUCAUCUUUCUCCUCAACAUCCUCGUCUACAAUGCCUACUUGCUAUACGUGGCCAACGUGCAGAAUUCACGCAGUGGACGCCUGAAAAGCUACUCGGAAUUCCGUGUUGCCAUCAUCAAGUCACUGCUAAAAGAGGAGGUUGCCAAGGAACCAGUGGCGGUUAGUCCCCAGAUGACAGAGAAACCCGAAAAGGGCAGGCAGAAACAAGUAGCCGACGAUGAGACAAAGGAGAUUCGUCAUGAGCCAGCUCAGAUCCAGCAGAACGGGAAGCCGGCGCGAAAGAACUGUCGCUAUUGCCACAAGGGCGGUAUGCUGCAGUUCAGCAAGUUUAUGUGCAAAACCUGUCCAGACAAGCCGGGGCUGUGCUGGGAGCCCUGCUUCCGUCUCUGGCAUGAGCAGCUCAAGAAAUAAGUGAAUUUUUCUAAUUUAAGUUGAUUUCUAAAUGUUUAAAGAGUGCAAAGUUAAUUAAACACUUGCUGUGAGGAAAGUUUACUGAAUAUGUAAAGGUUUUUUU